CAAGAUUGGUACUUAUCCUUAGUCAAUGACUGAAACAUGGAUGUUUUACCAAACAUAACCUUAAAAUUGAAUCUUGUUCAACAAUAAAUAUUUAUACCUUGCAAAAGGUAGUGGCAAUUUUAUUAUUUGUAAUACGUUUUAUUUAAAAAUAUCAUCAUGGUAAAAAAAAGAAAAGAAUUUGAACAAAGUAAGGAAGAACGUAUGGUUAUAACUAUUGGAGAAAUUAUACAAGAACUAUUGAAAGCACAUGAUGAAAACAGAGAUGUUGAUUUAAAUAAACUAAAAACUCGAAUUGCUUCUAAAUAUGGUUUGGAAACUUCACCAAGAUUGGUUGAUAUUAUAGCAGCUGUUCCUGUUGAUGCAAGAAAUAUAUUAGUACCAAAAUUAAAAGCCAAACCAAUUAGAACUGCCAGUGGAAUUGCUGUUGUGGCUGUAAUGUGUAAACCUCAUAGAUGUCCUCAUAUUAAUAUGACAGGAAAUAUUUGUGUAUAUUGUCCUGGUGGACCUGACUCUGACUUUGAAUACUCUACGCAGUCUUAUACUGGUUAUGAACCUACAUCGAUGAGAGCUAUUAGAGCCAGGUAUAAUCCAUUUCUACAAACUAGACACCGUGUAGAACAGUUGAAACAAUUAGGGCACAGUGUAGAUAAAAUUGAAUUUAUUGUUAUGGGAGGUACUUUCAUGUCUCUGCCAGAGGAUUACAGAGAUUACUUUAUUCGAAACUUACAUGAUGCUCUCUCUGGUCAUGUAAGCAGUAAUGUUGAUGAAGCAGUCAAAUUUUCUGAACGGAGUCGCACAAAAUGUAUUGGUAUCACUAUAGAAACACGUCCUGAUUAUUGCCUUAAAAAACAUCUUUCCGAUAUGUUACGUUACGGGUGUACUCGUUUAGAGAUUGGAGUUCAAUCUGUAUAUGAAGACAUAGCACGAGAUACUAACAGAGGACACACAGUUCGUGCAGUGUGCGAAAGUUUUCAACUAUCGAAAGAUGCCGGUUUUAAAGUAAUAGCGCAUAUGAUGCCAGAUUUACCAAAUGUCGAUAUUGAAAGGGAUGUUAAUCAAUUCAUUGAAUUCUUUGAAAAUCCCGCUUUCAGAGCAGAUGGUCUGAAGAUUUAUCCAACGUUAGUUAUUCGUGGUACAGGCUUAUAUGAAUUAUGGAAAACUGGAAGAUAUAAAAGCUAUCCACCGAGCGUUUUAAUAGAUCUUAUAGCUCGAAUUUUGGCUCUAAUACCGCCUUGGACUCGUGUGUAUCGUGUACAAAGAGAUAUACCUAUGCCUUUAGUCAGUUCGGGCGUAGAACAUGGAAAUUUACGCGAAUUGGCACUGGCAAGAAUGAAAGAUUUAGGAAUGGAUUGUCGUGAUGUUAGAACUCGAGAAGUUGGCAUUCAGGAAAUACAUCAUAAAGUAAAACCUUAUGAAGUAGAACUUAUACGUCGUGAUUACGUUGCCAAUGGUGGGUGGGAAACAUUUUUGUCUUACGAAGAUCCUACACAAGAUAUUUUAGUUGGUUUGUUGAGAUUAAGAAAAUGUUCAAGCGAUACAUUUAGACCAGAACUUAAAGACAGAUGUUCAAUAGUAAGAGAACUUCAUGUAUAUGGUAGUGUCGUUCCAGUAAACGCUCGUGAUCCUACAAAAUUUCAACAUCAAGGAUUCGGAAUGUUACUAAUGGAAGAAGCUGAACGAAUAGCAAAGGAAGAACAUAGAUCUCACAAAAUUGCUGUCAUAUCAGGUGUCGGGACUAGGAACUAUUACAGAAAAAUGGGAUACGAACUCGACGGUCCGUACAUGUCAAAAAUGCUUAUACCCUGCAAAUAGAUGCUAUUUUCUCUUCAUAAAUAAAACAAUGAGAAAA